GUCUGUAAAGAGAAAGAAUACAUACCCCUGUUUUCAUUUUUUGAAAAUGACUGUCAAUAUGGUUUGAUUUUUAACUUCAUUGUUUAAAUAUUCUUGCAGAUAUUCUGUUUAUCCUCUAAACAGAGAAUCCUAAAACAGGAUUUUAUAGGGGACAAAGAGAGAGCUUGAUCAUCACAGUUGUUUAGAAGUGAUUUCUGUAUUUUGCUUAUGUUUACCUUUCAUGUGUAUCAAAAUAACUUUAAAAAGUAUGUCUAUAAUAGAUCAGAACAGAAAUAGAAAAUUCCUGUCAUAGGAAAUUUGCUUGGUCCUUUUUGUUAGAAUUAUUGGCUAUUUUGUUUUUGUUUUUAAUGGCACAGCAGGACAAGUAGAGCACAUAUGUCAUUUCUGCAAAAUAAGACACAUCCACAAAUUUCAGUUAGAUGAUUCUCUUAUUACCUAACAUUGAUUUUUACAAAAAUUUCCAUCUAUUACUACUUUACAUAAAUUAUUUCACACCUUUGCUCAUGAAGAACAGAACAAAUUGGUCAGUAAUGUGCUGCUGCUGUUUUGUUCCCUAAAUCAGUCUUGAUAUAUGCCUAAUGUUGUGUUUGAGCCUGUGUGUGAACUUGUGCUAUAGAUUAUUUCAAAUGGUACAUAGGUCAUAGCAAAAUUCAAAACACUUUGAAGAUAUUGUACUAAGAAUGACCUUUUAAAUAAUUUAACAAUGCUGUGGAUAAAAAUUAUGGUAUCUAUAUCACAAGAGUGGGGAAACUUUGACUUACAACUCCCAGCUGCCUCUGUUAGGAGGGCACACUAUAUACCAUAAACAUAUAGAUUCAUUCCUUGAAGAUAUAUUGUAACAGAUGAAAUGGCAUACUAGUACCAGAUAUCAGAUAACACUGGUUAUUUUUAUACCAGUCAAAACAUUGCCUUCUAUAUGGAAAUUUACAAUAUUAUUUAGAUUUACUUGAAAGGAAGUCAGAUUGAACUUGGUGUGAUUUAUUUCUGAGCAAACAUGCCUGCAUAUAGUAGGAGUGCAAAUAUAAUAGCAAUAAAGAUGGAAUAUAGAAGAAACUAGGUAGCCAAUCAAAAGUAUUUAUCAAAUUUAAAAAAAAAAACAGGCUAUACAUAUGAGUUCUUUUUGUUUUCUUUGUAUCGUGUUUAGAAAUGUGACUUUAUUGCUCCAUAGAUGAAUGGAGAAUGAGUUUAGGAAUAAUUUAUUUAGAUGAUUUCCUUGAGAAUGUUACAAAAUAAUCCUGUCAGGAUGUUUUUAACUUGUUCACAUAUUUGCAGAAAAGAUGAAAGCAAACAUGUAUAUUUAUAUGUAUAUUGAUAUUAGGGCUUACCUGUGAGACUUGUAACUGCUGUUGUAUGUUCCAACCAGUUGGACAUACCCUGUACCAGCAUUUUUCAUACCAGUUUUCUUCCAGUUUUCACUUCAGUCUUCACAUAUAAUCAGUGUUCUUUGGCCACUAAUAAUAAUUAGCCUUCAUUGACUUAGUGGCUAUAUUUUCCUGUCUUUCCACAGUGUCAAAAUAAAUGUCCAGUUGAAUAGCCUGGCUCCUACAGAACAUAGUAGAAAUGAUGGAGCCAUUUGUAGGUUACCCUCUCAAAUCUUGAAAACUAUCUUGGGUUCUGUUAAUACCACGCAGUGACUUUUUGGUAUAAUAUUAAUUGAAGUUUGCAGUAAAAUGGGAAACGGUUUUAUAUAUCUUCUUAAUUUGCUGCCUCUCUUUUUUUUUUUCAAGUAUCUUUAAGUUGUAAUAGGCUGGUACAGCAUUGUUCCUUGUUUUCUAAAAAUACUUGUGUCAUUUUAUAAAAAAUAGAUACCAUGACAGGGGAAGGAAGAUAUUUUUAAACUGCAAUGUUAACUAGGGAAAUUAGCUACUAGUAAAGGGAAAUGUGGGUUACCUUCUCCGAUUGGAAUACUGUAACCAGGCAAAACUGAUGAUUCUGACAGGAACUUAAACUUAAAAGGGUACUGUUUUUUUAAAAUAUUGCUUGGAUUUGAAACUGUUAUGCUAAAACAGUUUCUUUUAUGGCUUAUGCUGUCUUGGAGUGCUCAAAGUAUUCAAAAGCACAGAUUAAGUAGAAAAGGUAUGGCUUCUUUCCUUUCUUACAUUUUCUUUUGCUAAAUUAAAAUUUGAAACAUUAGGAUGUAUAUACUGAGCUUCACAGUCUUUUUGAUGUUAGGCACUCCAGGUACUGCAGAAAUGACAGUAAAAUUGAUGAGUCCUACCUCUUGGCUGUUGCAAUUUUAGUCAAAUUAGAAGUGCCCUGAACCUUCUAAAAUAAGUUCCUGAAGAAGUUAUUACAAAAGUGUAAUUUAUUUCUGAGUAAAUUAACUUAGGUUUGCAUUGAAAGUCUGGGAUGAUAUAAAAGAAAUGGUUACAGUGAAUGUUAAAUGCAACAGAAAAUUUUGGUCAAAUACAAUAUGGUACAUUCCUAAUUAUUCCGCGGCUUUUAGAGCAUACUAAAUACUGAUCAUAUAACUUAAGACACAUGGCAUUUAUCAUGGGAUAAGUGUAUUCUGUGCUAGUUCAUCUGCUUAUUUGUGGGGAAUGUUUAUAUAUUAUUAAAACAUUCUACCUGUCACAUUUUGUAACUAUGCAACAUUGCAUUCUUCAUAAAAGUUGAAAGAGUCUUUUCUUGCUAAGUAUUGGCCGUGGACAUGUGAUAAACAUGGUUGGGACAGGAAGACUUUUUAACAAACUACUAUAUAUGUUUGUGAGUUAUAGGAUACUUGCUAAAUUUGUCCAUUAUGAAGUGGCAGUCAUAGUACAUGAAAGAUAGAAAAUUUGGAUGAAAUUUAUAUAUGGGAUUACAAAACACUGUGGAAAAUAGUUGUGUGAAUACUUCUUGCAGAUAAUUUCACAAAGUUCUCAGAUUUUCCUCUUCUCUCCCAAGCAAACUUGUAAAUUUUGAAGUAGCCAUUGUUCUUCUUAGUAUCUCAGUUCUCUUUUGUCUGUUAAAAUCUACUUGCAAUAUCAGGUGAGCUUUAAUUAACCUAUGUAAUAGAAACAGUAUCCAUUCUUUUCCAUGAAAGAAGCAAACAUUGUUUAAUCAAUGAGAACAACAGUUGCUAAUCUUGUACAAUUUUCAGUGUGAAAAAUUCAGAAUACCUUGCUGAUUUUAUUUAUUUAUUUGGUAUUAUGUAUUUAAUCCAUGAGUCACUGCCCUGUGGUAAAUAUCUUCAGGGCCCAUUUUUACAUGAAUCAGUCCAUGUAAUUUUAAAUCCCUAGAAUUACUUCUUGUAUCAGAAUAUUUGGUAUUUGUUUGUUUUGUUUCUGGCUAAAAAUGACUAAAUUCCUCCAAGAAUGAACAAAGCUUCCAAAUACCUGUUCAUUUAAGUGCAAAGAUUACACAAAAUAUGGUAGAGGUGCAUGUGAAACUUCGUUCCCCACCAAUGUAGAGGACUGCUGUUUUACAAACAAAAUAUCUUCUACUUUCUAUACUUGUGUAAAAGUGAAAGGCAUUAUCUUGAGAGGAAGCUCAUCAAGCUGAAAAUUAAUGUACAGUCGGUCAUGUUUCUUGUUUUUAGUAGUGUGGGUACAUCACAUUGAUUUCCUUUUACCAUUUAUGCUUUGUGGGAUAUUGAACCCAAGGAACAUGACUGAACGAAAGAGGAAGCCCAAGUUCUCCAGGGAAGAACUGGACAUUCUGGUCACUGAAGUGACUCGGAACGAAGCCAGGCUGUUUGGAAGGGAGACAAUACGUCUAUCCCAUGCAGACAGGGACAAGAUCUGGGAAGUUAUAGCCAGGAAAAUCACAUCAGUGAGCCAUGUCCCCAGGUCUGUAAAAGAUAUUAAGCACAGAUGGGACGACAUGAAAAGAAGGACCAAAGACAAACUGGCGUUCAUGCGGAGGUCCAUCUCCAGUCCCAGCAGCCCGGGGAGGCCCUCGGCCAUUGUCCUGACCGCCCACGAGAGAGCCAUCGAGUCGACGCUGCAUUCGUCACACCAGAUGCACGGCUUCCGGAGAGCGGAUCUGGACGUGGUUGACAGCCCAUCAACCAGUUCUGAUGAAGGAGAAGAAGUGGCAGGCCCCUCACAGCAACAUCACUUUUCAUCACAGAGGGGUUCUGAAGAAACUGAUCAUCUCUCCGUGCCAUCUUUCCUUCAUACUUCAUCUUUGUCAGAUCAUUCAAAUAUUCUAAGCCAAAGGGAAGAAAUAAUGCACCCAAACUCUUGUCCUGAGUCUUCCACUAGGCCCCCUCAACCUCAUGUCCAAAAUCCACCCAUUUCUGGCUUUGACCAUCAGCUCUUUGAUUCCCACAUUCAACAGACUGAACUAUUCAGACAAUUCUGUCAAGAGCUGGUGACAAUCCAUAGAGAUGUGGCAAACAACAUGCAUGCAAUUAGCCAGAGGAUGUCUGACCUGAGUGGACAAAUCACCCAAAUGUGCCAGACUUUAAUUAAAAUCAAAGAUGAGCUUCAAACUUUGAACAAAGGUCAGAUCUCUAAUGCUAGCCAGGAGAUAGACAUGCAGAGAGUUAGAUCAAAGAGCCCCUUUGAAGCAAAAGCAGACUUUAGCCAAAAUCAGCCCAAAGAGACUCCUGUUACUCGGAUUACUAGGUCACGGAAGAGAAAGCACUAUUUUUAGCUUUCCUAAAUAUUAUAUAAAAAAGAGCAGCUGAUGUUGGCUUAACCAGUGUUUCUUUGCAUAAACAUUGGGGAAAGUUAAUGAAAAAUUUCCCUUAAAAGUAAUAUAAAUUAUAGCAACUUACCAGUAAGCUUUGCUUGAUGUACUUGGAAACAGUACCUGUCUUGUAAAACAAUGCAACAGAGGGUAUGUAACCCUCUUGAAGAAAAAGAUAUGAUAUAAGGGUCAUAAAUACCUUAAUGAUCUACAAAGUCAGGGUUCAUAUAGAUUUGAUCCUGACAACCUUUUAUGCUCAGGUAACAUUCUUCUGGUAAUGUUAUUAGAUAUUUAGGUUUAGGUAAAUAUAUUAUUAUGGUCCAUGGAAAUGCCUACUUUUCUUCUUUGUCUUUGUUCUACUGUUGCAUGUGGCACUAUAUAGACAUCAAGAAGGAUCUAAGAUUGGAAUGGGCAACCCCAUUUGUGGCCUUCACAGUUGAUCUGAAAUUUUUGGAUCUUUUCUAUGUUUUUGGGAAUUUGAAGGAAGUAAGCUUAAGGAGUUUACAAAUUAGGUGUUUUAAAUCUUGCAUAUGCAUAAGGCGCCUUUGCAUCCCUUAAUCUUGUGCCCCCAAAAUAAUUUUGUUUGGGGCAGUUUAAUGGGUAAAAUAAAUAUUUUAUUAGUGCAAGGUUUAAAGCACUCAUUUCAAUCUUACCUACCUUCCCAACUUCUUCGUCCCUGAAAGACUUGGAAGGGUUGGUCUUGCCCGCUCUAGGAUGGUGUCAUAAACCUGGCCCUGAGGCAGGGUAGAAAGUCAUGGGGCAGCUCCCAGACUGAAAAAGUUGUUCUAGGAGAACUGAAACUCACUGUACAAAAUCUUCAGGUUUUUUUGGCCACUGUGAGGAACAGAUUGUUAGGCUGGAUAAUCUUUUGGUCUCAUGUAACAGUCCCAUGCCUACUUUUUUGGCUUAGUUACUAACCACUGAUGUUUGGGAAUGGGAUGUUAAAUGAGAAUAGAUAUCAAGAAAAGGAGGAACCUGCAGUAACGUAGGCAGUAUUCCUCUAUUUCCAAUGCCUGUAAUUAGUCAUACAAUAUAUUAUUUUUCAUCACUAAUGUCAUGUUAAAGUGACGACAGCUAUUUUAACUAAUAAUGACUACAUUGUAUAAGAUUGCAUCUUACAAUACUGCACAAUAUACGAAUAAGUUGAGAAGUAUAAGUUGCACUGAAAUGAAGUGAUUAACAUGUAAGAAACAUGUCUUAAAUGAGAGCUACUGUAGACCAGUCUACUGAUUUUUUUGUUGGUAGUUCUUCAAGAUAUAAUUAGUGCGAUAUAUUUUAUGGCUAUUCUGGUCUGUACCAUAAACUUGCCUGUGUUGGAUGGGGAAUGACAUUUAAAGCAAGUAAUUGAAGCAUGCUCAAAUGCUAGUUUUGUCACGCCGGUGUAAUUAUCCUGACUUCAUUGGAACUGUUGUUUAUACUGUAUAAUGUAGGUUACAGACUCACAGGAAAGAUAAUGCACUAUUUUAACCUCCUUGUUUUAGCAUAGAUUUGCUACUUUGUAUUUCCUCAUGUGGGUUUGCUACUUAACAUGAUGAAAGGCAAAUUGAGGCAUAAAGUGUCACAUGUUACCCAAAAGAUACACGCUAAUUCUCCAUUAAAAGGUAAAUGUAGCUGAACCAAGUCUGAUAUGAUUCAGCUCUGGUUUUGGAAGCAGAUGCUUUAAUACAGCAAUAAAUCAGCUUAUACUAUGUAUGCUAAAAAUGCAUGUGCUCUAUACCUUUUGUAUAUUUGCUUCUCGUCUCCUGUGUGUAUAGAGUCCUGCUCAUUGCAACUGUCAGAUACAAGGAAUAUUCCUCUGAAAAUAAAGCUGCAGUGAAUUAUUCUUCAUAUGGCCUUUUUAGCGGUGAGCAUGAUAAGAUGAAUUUACUUCAUACUGAAUUUUUUUAAAGCCUUUUUCAAGAGAAAUUGCCUUUCUAUAGUGGUGGUGCCUAACUACAGGGAGGAAAAAUCUGUGCCAAGACAUGGAUUGCUUUUUCAUGAAUUAACAGAAUCAAGCAUUUGUAAAUGUUGGAAAGACUAUAGAACCAAAUAUUGUAAUUACAAUGUGAAGGAAAUAAUAAUGAGAGUGUGGAAGUUGAAUACUCAGAGAAUUCUACUGUUGAGUGUUGUUCCCUGGAAUGCCAUUUAGAUUAUUACUUUCUUGUAGCAAAGUCCCUUAUAUUUUGCUUUUAUUAACUGUAUAAAGUGUCAUGACACUUUAUUAAUAGUACAAUAUAAAUUAAAUGAAUGGAUUAAAUCAUCUUCAGUCUGUCUGAAUGACUCAGUUUGCUUUGCUUUACUAUCUCAAUUGUUUAAUGAAAUGAUUCUCGUGCAGCUGAGGAAUUAGCUUUCAGGAUUGCUCAUCUUGGAGAAGUGCUGCUGAGAAGCAAGCCAUACACAAAUCAGUUAGCAUUACCAACCACAGCUAACUUUCCUGAUAGUUUUAGGGUAAUCUUUCCCAAAUGAUACCCUCUGGAUGUGUUUGGACUAUAGCAGUCAGAAUUUCCAGGUAGGAUACCCACAAUGAGGUAAGGUUAGUUUAGGUGGGUAAGUGUGGUCCCUGGUGUUCAAUAGAAUAAGAAGCCAAAAACCAGAUAUGAGAAAUGUGACUCUUGUGUUUUGAUCUAUAAUUUACCUGUGCAAAUGAAGAUCUCUCUCAUGGUAUACCAUUUGUUGGGGGAUUAGCAAAAAAGGAGGCAUUCUCUGCUCUGUGAAAUGCUUUCUUUUAUCCCACAAGGGAUGCUUCCUUGUAUGUGGCUGUUGAAACCUGGCAUGUUUUAAGUGCCCCUGUUUGACUAUAUUGCUGUGCUUGCCCUGAUAUUUCUGAUGGGAAAUUAUCUUUAUGAUUAUUUUUGUUAACAAUAAAGAUAUAAUAUUUAAAACUCAAAUUCUUUCAUGGGAUGCUCUUUUAUGUGUUUCUGGAGUUGUGCUCAAGACAACUUCAAGUUCUUUGAUGUUUUGUUCUCUAUAAGGCACAUAGUAGUUUCAGUUUCCGUUUAUCCUUUACCUGCAGUAUCCGCAGCUAAUACAUGUCUGGCAAGAUAUCUCUUUUGCUAUAAUUUGUUGACAAUUAAGAUAUAGAAGUGUUUGCCC